AAACCAACGGUCACAAGUUGAGAUUGUAUAAUGUAUAAUUUUUUGUGAUUGUUAGUGGGACCUAUCUAAAACAAUGCAUGCAUUGUUUUACAUUUUGAAUUUUGAUACUUCCAAACAUUGUAUUGUCACAAUACAUAUAUUCAACAAACAAAACUCUAACAAUCACAACUUCCAAAUGACCCUUAGUUUAUUUUUUCUAAUUUGUCAAUAAACUCAUUAUGUAAACUCAAACCGUCAAACGUAUCACCUUAAUUUCACUACAGUGCUUUAAUACCAUUGAACUGCAAAUUCGCUGAAUUUGUCCUACUUGAUAAUCCAAAUUGUUUUCUCAUUUAACCCUAAAAACAUAUGUUCUCGUUCGUUGGUAGAAUUGGAGCGUUCAUUCAAACUCAACGGUGAUAGUGGCAAUCUCGGUAUUAACCACGGAUCCAGGCAUUGUUUGGUGACCAUCUUUGCAAAAUAAUUGGAGAAAUGGAAAGAAAAAGGAAAUAAAUGUCCCUAAAUAUUUGCCAGGCGGUCAAAUCAUGUGUGAUACUGAUAUCUCGUGCUCUCGCCGGCCUUCUGCCAUUUUUUUGUCUCGCCAACUCUCUUUCUUCCCACCGCUCUUUCUCUCUCCCUUGACGACGUCGUCGUCUCCUCUGACCCCGUACUGAACUCCCCUCCGCCACCGUUUCCCGUUACUCCGUCCACCCAUACAACAACUCCCUCUCUCCGCUCCCGUAAAACUUAUCCCUCCCGAGUUACUCCACCAGUUCGCCGGAGAGACUGACGGAGUCGACUCAGUUGUACCGAAGCCAUUUUGCUGCUCCGCCUUUGACCUAUCACUAACGCCGUUCUGUCGCUCUUCCGGUAUUCUCCCCGAACUUGUUCUCUAAUUCAGUUGCAAGAUUUGCUUUGUGCUUGUGGAUUGCUGGAAAUGCCGAUUUCGAAUUUGAGUGAAGUGUGAUCAGCGCCGCGAGAUCCUGCUGUUUGCUUGUCAUUAUGCUCGUUUUCGUUCUUCUUGUUUCCUUCAGUUGAUUGACGUAGAUUUGGAUCUUCGUUUUGGUUCAGCGUGUUGCGGAUUCAGAAUUGCUUGCCAGAUUCAUUUGGUUGUGCAAUUUUGGCUUUACUUCGUCCAUUUUUCGGACUCACUGCGUUGUUUCGUCUAGUUUUGGGGAUUCAGAUCCUAAUGUGGCGAAGCUAUAACUGUUGCAUCAGAGAUGCGUAUCACUGGAGAAAUCAUUCCAUUCUAGUUGUAAUGAUAAGAAACUUGGUCCUCUGAGCUUCCGAUUUCAAUGGAGUUAAUUUGUGGAUUAAAUAAUAAUAAUUAGUACAAGAACAAUUACUGCAAUGCUGUACAAGUGUCAAUGUCGUCAAUAUCUCUAGUCCUACUCAGUUGAAGUCCUCAGGUUUAAUAAUUAGAAUUGUCAAAUUCUCAUCAAUGAUCAACUGCUACUGUACUGUGUGAAUGAAUCGUUUGUAGUUUUUUCAAUCUUGUGAUCUGUUUGGAAGUAAGUAAUUGCAUUGGAAGCAGUGGAUUUUUACAUCAGUUGAUAUGGUUGAGUGCAUGUUUUUGUUUAGAAAGUUUAGCGCAUUCAUGUUAUUGGAUCGGGUUUAGUCCGUUCUAUUUUUUGUUCAUAGGGCUGAACUGGUUUUUUAUUCCGGGUCAUUGAUACCAUCUUUACUUUGUUUAUUAGAUUGUGUGGUCUCAAUCUAAGCGAAUAUGUCAGAGGUUGGCUGCAUGGAUAUUAAGACCUUGCCUGAAACCGGUAGUAACGGAAGCUCCACUAUAGGGGGAUUUGACAAGCCUUGCAAUGGGAAUGGAGUUGCUAAUGUUGAGGAACAUCCAGUUACAACCACUUCCUCAAUGGUUUCAGCUGGUAAUGGAGUUGUGAGUGUCGAGUCUGGAUUAGAAAACGGAAAUGUGGAGGUUGCAGAGGUGGAAUACGUUGAAUCUGAAAAUCUGUCCGAUGUGGAAGAUGUUGAUACUUGCAUAAAGGAGCUUGUAGCUGGUCUUGACUCAAAAGAUUGGGUCCUGCUUUGUGAAUCACUGAACAAUGCACGCCGGUUGUCAAAAUUUCAUGAGGAGAAAAUGCUAGAUAUGUUGGGUGAUGUGAUACCUCUCAUUGUGAAGUCAUUAAAGAAUCCAAGGAGUGCUGUUUGCAAAACUGCGAUCAUGGCUUCUGGAGACUUAUUCAUCACAUAUAAGGAUCACAUCAUUGAUUCUGUGGAUCCACUGCUGGUGCAGCUUCUCCUUAAAUCUUCACAAGACAAAAGAUUUUUGUGCGAGGCAGCUGAAAAGGCACUUGUUGCAUUGACCACUUCCGUCUCUCCAACACUGCUACUGCCAAAGUUGCAGCCUCAUCUUCUGGGCAAGAAUCCUCGAAUUCGUGCCAAGGCAUCCAUGUGCUUCUGCCGUAGUGUUCCUAGAUUGGGUGCUGAAGGUAUCAAAGCAUAUGGAAUCGACAAACUGAUUCUUGUUGCUGUACGCCAACUCAGUGACAAACUUCCAGAAUCAAGGGAAGCUGCUCGAACCCUACUCUCGCAGCUUCAAACUGCGUACGAAGAGUCAGCAGUUCCUAAUGAAUCCGAGCCCUUUUCCUGGGAGCAGUUUUGUUCUUCGAAAUUCCCUCCCUCGACUGCACAAGCGGUACUCCGUGUCACAGGUGUUGGCCGAGAAGGUCCCAUUCUGGGUUCUUAGCAGUGAGCCUAUAUCCACUGCAAAAAGAGGCGUAUUUCGUAUAUGAGUUCUUAGUAAAAACUCCUCACAUAUAUGAUGAUCAUUUGUUGAGCAGAGUAUAUUUUUGCUUCUUCUACCUAUUUUCUGACCUUGUAAAUAUCACGGGCGCUUUCUAGAUCUCUCGCACUGUGUUUUCUGCAUGUACGUAGAAGUAGAGUUGGAAUAUUCUUUCGCGGAUAUGUUUUGCUGUUGCUGCAACUCAUUUGGUAAUUGUUUUCUUGUAUUCCCCUGGUUUGCUUGGGGGAUUUAGAUCGAGAAUUGGUAUUGUCUUCUCCAUUUGCAGAAGCUAGAGGUGACAUUACCGCGUCGAAUGACUGCUGAACCAGCAGAAUCGCAUUUGUGUGAGCGCGAUUUUGUACUAUGAUUGUGCUAUAAGUUUCAGCAAACAUAUUACAAAGAGCCAUCAUCAUCAUUUGGGGAUUGCUUAGAAAUUAAUUUGUGACAGCGACUUCAGAGAGACACAUACAAGAUACAACUAACCAGUACCAAGGUCAAGGAUAUGCCGCUGCUGAGCUUCUAAUUUGUCUGUCAAUACCCAAUUGGGGGUAUAUAAUAAUAUUGGCAUGACUGAAACGAAAUCUAACGAAAUUAAAGACAAAAUAAAACCCAUCACAGCGUUAAGACAAUCAUGUUUCACUAUCAUCAUUUCACACUUGAGGCCAAACACUACAAUCACAAGCUGCCAUCCAAGUUGGAAUCAGGAUGACCGAGACUAAUUACAUGAUAGGUCAAUUUGAUCAUUGAUUAAUGAUCUUCGUGGCCGAAGUCUUAAAGAUGCAUAUUUAGUUCCUUUAGUUUCACGUGCUGGUCUAUUCCAGCCCUUAAACUUCAAAGUUAGGUCAAUCAAGUUCCUCAAGCUGUACAUCUUGAGACAAACAAGAAUUAUAGUGCAAAACAUUCUGUUGUCCUACAUGACUUUGGCUGGGGUGAUGAGGAUUCCAUCACACGAGCCACAAAGAAGUGCAACCUAACCAUCUAAUGGGUAAGCCUCUAAACAUCUGUACACAAUUCAUUUUCUCCAAAAGAAAAUUUUCAAAGUUCAUGAAAAUUUUGGAGAUAUUCAAUCAUCGAAUAGUCGAAAAAGCAUGUUCUCUUAUCGGAGAGCUAGAGGCACUGUAUGAAGCCCCUCUACAAACUAGCCAAACCCCAUCUAGACAAGACUUUUCAAGAAAUUUUUUUCUAGACAUUAUCAACCAAUAUAAAAUUUCUCCAUCUACUCAUACUUACAAUAUGAAAUUUACACUUUCACGAUAAUUGUUAUUGUUUCAUCCAAAUUGGUACGUUUAAAGACUUAAUUCACCCAAUCUGAAACAAUGGGGAUCUAACUAACCAUAAUGUACCAUUCAAGAGACUAAAUUGUUCACUCAUGCAUAUAAUAUUGUUAUUAAGCCACACAAAACAACAUAGACUCUUAUUCAAGAAGGAAACCAACACUAACAAGAGUAAAAAAACAGGAAAUGA